AUUAAACAAUAAAAACCCUUGCAAAUGGAGAGUUGGGAACGUUGUUGGGCAUGCAUGAGUAUGACACGCACGUAUACGUUAACCCAUUCAGUCUCUGAUUGUUAUUUUGGUCAAAUUGGUGAAGGCAAUUAAUCUUUUUUACCCCAGAGAUGCAUACCCCAUAUAGUAUUUUCCCCAAACGGGUGAGUCUGUCUGUGUGUGUAGCGGUAGCGGUAGCGGCAGAGCAGAGGUUAGCACGCGCUGGAGGCUGGAUGGAUGGAUUUUUACUGGGGUGAAGCCGUGAAGGUAGAACAAUGCGCGCCCAUGGACCCAUGGUGAGCGUAAAAUCGCGAUUUGUUAGGGGAGGGGAAAGGGGUGUGGGGGUUGUUCUUAAAAGGAGCAUGACGAUGGAACUUGGUCAAACACCAUGGCUCCAAACCCUAACCCUAAUUUGCAGAACGACAACAACAAGAAGAAGAAUCAGACAGGGACCCAGAAGAAGAAGAAAGAAGACGAGUACAGGCCCGAAAAUCUCUAGAUCUCGCGGCACCUUAGUCCGCCUCUCUCAAAAAUUAUAAAAAAGAAACCUUAUUUCGGGUUUCCAUUUUCAUCCUACUUCAUCCCUUGAAAUUAAAGUUUUUCUUCCUUCGUAUGUAUCCGACAAGGAAUUCUGUUAGCGAAGUUAAAUAGGUUCACAUAAGCAUAGAACUUUAGUUGUUUGUGCAAGGGAUUGGGUCUUGCUUUUCUCUUUUCUGCGUCAGAAAUAAUGGAGGGGAAUUCUGGCGGGAACGACGUCGAACUUCUAUGCAAAACUCUCCAGGUGGAGCACAAACUCUUCUAUUUCGACCUCAAGGAGAACCCUCGAGGUCGUUACUUGAAGAUAUCUGAGAAAACUUCCGCGACGAGAUCAACCAUCAUUGUUCCUGUUAGCGGCAUUUCCUGGUUCUUAGAUCUCUUUAAUUACUAUGUUAAUUCCGACGAACAGGAUGUUUUUAGCAAGGAAUUGCAGCUCGACACCAAGGUGUUUUACUUUGACAUAGGCGAGAAUAAAAGGGGUCGCUUUUUGAAGGUUUCAGAAGCCUCAGUUAGUAGAAAUCGUAGUACAAUUAUUGUUCCUUCUGGAAGUGCCCGUGAUGAAGGAUGGGCUGCAUUUAGGAACAUCUUAGCAGAGAUUAAUGAAGCUUCAAGGCUUUUUAUCUUACCCAAUCAGCAAAGUUCUGAACCUUCAGAACGCCUUGUGGGCCUCUCAGAUGAUGUAGGUGCAGGCUUCAUUUCUGGUCACAGUACCCAAUCUGCCCCACCACCAGAUCUGAAUGAAAGGUGGCAGGGGCAGAUCGAUCUUCCAUUAUUCUUCCCCUAUCUGGGCUGAAGCAGUUUCAUGAAAUGGUUGGCCAUUUUGUGGAAAUCACCAAAGAUCGGAUUGAAGGUAUGAUAGGGGCAAAUGUUCGUACGGUGGAGCCCCCACAGAGAUGAAUCUGACGAGUUAGGUUUGGUUAAAGUUGCAAAUAUGACAUGUUUAUUAGAUCUAUCGAUGUCAGCUUGGUUAGGGGUGCAAUUGUGCUCUAUUGUUCAUCUGUUCUUCACUUGUCUCCCCCUUUCAUUCAAGUGCGGUUGAGAAUAAUCUAAUCUCUCUGUCACAUAGGAGAAAUUGAAGUUAUUCGUCAAGCUUCCCACCAAGGAAUAACAAAAAACAGAUUUGCAAUCCUGUAAUUCUUGCAUCUGUUAGCAUUGAAGAGUGGCACUUGCAUCUGGACAUUUUUUUUAAUCAGAGUAACAUUUCCAAUAAUCGGAAUGUAAUGUUUUUGAUUAUUUUCCCAUUUCCCAUCAAAUUUAGUAGGGAGCAUCUCAUUGUCUAUCAAUUGUGGCUGAAACCACAGGUAUGCCCAUGAGCUUUUUAAUCAGGUUGUGGUUCCUACGCAUCAGCUUGACAAGGGAUUCUCCUAAGCCGGAGUGGAGAAAGGGCUCCACUCGUUCGUAGCUGCUUGUCUGGUGUUAAACCAAUUAUCCAUCCAUGCAGUCACAAUCUUAUUUUUUGUGUAUUUUCAUAGAUAAAUUCAAAGGGUAAAACUUUAAAAA